AUGUUCGGCGUGGUUUCACUAUAUACGUACCAUCUUCUUGCUUUUGCGAGACCUGUAGUGGGCUUACACGUUUCCUGCGUCUCUACUAGUCACCAAAAAGUCGCGUUGGAAAUCGAUUUCUCCGGCAGCUUAUGGGGUUACACGGAAAUGACUCUCAUACCGCACACCAGUGACUUGAGGACUCUGCAUAUUCAUUGCAGGCAGUGCACCAUACAUUCAGUCACCGUGGCCUCACAUCCAGCUGAAUUCAUCCAUCAAGAUCCUCUCGACAAAGUCAAUGUUCCGGUAGACCAAGAUGGCAAACAGGACUGCCACCAGCAUCCUGACCUGAAGCGCAAACUCUACACUGCACUUCAAGAGAGCGACGAGGGUGAAUUGUCGAUAGCCAUACCGAAGGAAGUGUCAGUGAGGCAAUCUGGACGCCAACCAGCAUCUAGUGCAAUCUACAGUGAAGCUGCGACUCCUGAGCCCCAGACGCCGGGGGCCAGUCAAGUCAACGGGGCCAUCACCGAAUUCGCACCUAUUACAGUCAAUAUUUCGUAUAGCAUACGCAAGCCGGUAGAUGGGCUGGAAUUCGUUCUUCCAACUGAUUCGUACCCCUACCGUGUUCCUCAUGCGUAUACCACGCCCUCAUCUCCCGACGCUGCUCGAUGCUGGGUACCUUGCGUAGACAACCUAUGGGAGAAGUGUACAUGGGAGUUUGAAUUCGUCGUUCCAAGGUAUCUAGAAGAGCGCGAAUCUAGGGAUAGGGACGGUGAUGAAGAUGAGGUAGCGGAUGCGAUACCCACCCUAGUCAUAUGCAGUGGGGAACUUGUGGAACAGGUGGCACAUCCCUAUAACUCGAAUAAGACCAUUUUCCUGUUUUCGCUGGGGACACUCACAUCCGUGCAGCAGAUUGCUUUUGCCGCGGGACCAUUCAAUCUAUUCACGAUUCCAAUAGAGGCGUCACCCGACGAAUCGUCCGCUACUCAGUCUCAACCCCUAAUGUACGCUUUCUGCUUGCCUGGUCACGAACAUUUCCUUCCACCCUCCACUACCUUCCUGCGUUCUGCGAUGUCCUUCUACACCACUGAAUUCGGUUCCUAUCCCUUCGGCUCUUACAAACUCGUAUUCGUCGAGGAACUUCCAACGCAACGGUUCGAUAGCGCAGCGUUCUCACUGGUCACAACAGACUUGUUGCAUGGCAACGAUGCGAUUGAGCAGACGCUAGAGACGCGACAUGCCCUCAGCCAUGCCCUCGCUUGCCAGUGGGUUGGCGUUAAUAUUCAACCGAAGCUCUGGUCAGAUCUUUGGCUUGUCAACGGCCUUGGUCUUUACAUCACCGGUCUUUUCCUCCGCAAGCUCCUUGGAAACAACGAAUAUCGCUUCAGACUUAAGAAGGACAUCGAACGAGUUCUACAGUGGGAUACCGGCUCGAUGCCACCUAUUUGCCAGCCCCAGCAACAAGAUCCCCCCGAUGCUGGGAUUCUUCCAUUCAUCAACCUCAAGGCGCCCCUUGUUUUGCAUAUUCUGGAUCGACGGCUCGGCAAAUCUGGUACAUCCCUGGGACUCAGUCGCGUUUUACCCAAGAUCUUCCUGUCUGCCAUCAGCGGGGAGAUGCCCAACAAUCUCAUUUCGACUCACGCCUUCCUUAGAACGUGCCGAAAGGUUAGCGGUGUGGACCCUCGUAGUUUCGCAGAACAGUGGAUAUAUGGAAGUGGAUGCCCUGCCUUCGGAUUCUCUGCCUCAUUCAAUCGGAAGAAGAUGGCGGUCGAAAUCACUAUGAGGCAAGAGGCCCCAGCUUUCAAGGCUCUCGAGCAGAAUGAGGUAGCCCGCGCACUCUAUAAACCUGUCGAGUUCUUCGAGGGUCAAAUGACGAUCCGAAUACACGAGGCAGACGGAACCCCCUACGAGCACGUCCUGGAUAUUCGCUCACCGUUCAAACGCUACGAGGUCCCUUUCAACACUAAGUACAAGCGUAUACGGCGGAAUACCAAGCGUUACUUGGCUCGUCAAGCGGCGGCCCAAGCUGCUGCGGAGGGCGAUGCAGAGGCUGUUGAAGCGAUGGGCAUGGUAGAUUUUGGGUUCGGCUUGGAUGUGUGGGAGAAAGAACAGGAGCGGGAGAAUUGGAAGGUAGCUGACUGGACUGAAGAAGAGGAGAAUGCAAUGAGCGGUGCAACGUAUGAAUGGAUUCGUAUGGACGCCGACUUUGAGUGGAUCGCGGCCAUCAAUUUUGACCAGCCCGAUUUCAUGUGGGUGUCGCAGCUACAGAGAGAUAGAGAUGUUGUUGCUCAACUGGAGGCUGUGUAUGCUCUUGCGAAGCAACCCACUGCCAUCGUGUCCAGUACCUUGACGAAGACGGUCCUUGUAUCGAAUUACUUCUUUCGAAUACGUUGUGAGGCUGCAUUGGGACUAGUCAGCUGUGCUAUCCGGAAACUAGACUUCCUAGGUCUAUUCCACCUCUUCAAGCUCUUCAUGCGCUACUGCUACGAGCCCGACGACCCGAAUCAGGAUCUCUUCGCCCACACAUAUGUUCCCAAGCCAAAUGACUUCUCAGAGAUGCCCGAAUACUUUGUCAGAAAGGCCUUGAUAAAUGCCAUAUCGCGUAUCCGAUUCGAGAAUGGCAAGGCUCCAGCGGUAGUGCGGCAGUUUUUGAUCGACCAGCUACGAUACAACGACAAUACCAAGAAUCCUUACUCUGAUGGUUUCUAUAUUUGUACUGUCAUUUCCGCAGCCGCGUGUGCGUUAGUGUCUGCCGCUCCUCCUGAACGAGGAGAGCUUCUACCAGCUGAGGCACGGCAAGAACACAAUUCGGAAGAUAUAUCUCUAGUCCAGCAAACUUUGACUGAGAUAGACCGGUACCGCAGCAUGGAUCGCCUCAUUCCUUCUCCCCAUAACAUGGUCACUAUAGCGGCGCUGGAGUUUUAUCUAUUGCUUAGUGUGGCAAAUCUCGUGCCUAACCCGUGGAGGAUAUUCUUCCCUCUAACUCGGGAGGGUAACUUUACGCAAGUCCGGAUUGCAGCAUUCGACGGGUUGUUCCUCACCAAAUGGUAUACGCCCGCUAUCAUGCGGUAUAUGCUUGCAGUCAUGGCGAACGACCCGUCUCGAGUUAUCCGUCGUCACGUUGCCCGAAAUGCUUGUCACAGUCUGGCAUUGCUGGUGCAGAUGGGUGAAAUGAAAUCCGACUCGAAAGACCCUGAAUCUUUACUCAUCGAAGAGGAUGGCUCCAUACCGGAGAGGUCUAGGGAUAACAAGAAGAGUGAGAUGGAUGCGCUGAUCAAGACUCUGCGGAAGGAUAGAGAAGUUGGGAAGAACGAAGUAUUACGUGAAUUCCUAAUGCCUGUGGCUCUCGCUCCUAACGCUGAUCAUGAAGUUCGAUGGUGCAUUCUGAAAAUUGCGGAUAUGCUUAUCCGUGGAUUGCCUGAAGCAGCUCCCACCGUGAAGCUCACCCUUCCUCCGACGCCAGUAAUCGAACACUCUCCGCAGCUACCGUUGGUCAAGGUCCCGCCGAAACCACGCCCCGUGAAGUCUGGUGCUACUCUCAAGAGUCCUCUCAUCCCAUUCAUUGCUCCGCCGAAGCUCAAGCUCCCUCCUCCAACGCCGACAGAUCUCUACGCCUCGUCUCCUGGUACGCCUCGUACUCCUCGAUUCAAUUCACCCGCGCGCAGUAUAGCUCUUGCUCCUCCCCAACCCCCACCUCAACCUCCCAAGCUGAAGGCGCGUCCGCCGAAACCACGACCUGUUCGGCCAGAGAAAGCCUCAGCUGGUGGUGCUCCAAGGGCUAGCAUGGAUACUCUGGAUCUAACCGCAUGUCGGAACAUGCUGAAGAAACUUCAAAGCAAUAAACAUGCCACUAUCUUCUUGAUGCCGGUUGAUCCUGUUCGAGAUCAGGCGCCAAGUUACUUCGAAAUCAUCAAAUCACCAAUGGAUCUCAGCACGAUGGGUGCUAAACUUGGAUCUAGUAAAUACAAGGAUCGGUUCGCAUUCGAAGCUGAUUUCAAGUUGAUGAUUUCAAAUGCGAAGACAUACAACUCCGUCGGUAGCUACGCGCACAAUGAAGCAAUAGCCUUCGAGAUUUUCUUCGAGAAGCAAUGGACGCGGAUGAACAAGACGCUGGAGUCGAAGGCUCCCCCGCCAAAUCCAGUUAAGGCCCCAGAACCGCCAGUGAGACACAUCCCCACUCCAGAGCCAGUUCUUGCUCCUCCUCCUCCCCCUCCCGAGCGCAAAGUUACUGAGGCACCUCGUCCUAUCAUCAAGUUGAAGGUCACUCCUCAGCAGAGCAAGCCAGUAGAGCCGUUGCCCGCCAAAGCACCGCCAAAACUGAAAGUACGGAAGCCCAAGGCAUUGGAACCGCCCCCGCCGUACGUCGAUGAUGGUUCGCACGAUAUACUGCAAGAGGUUAUUGCCAUGGAACGGGAGAAAGAUGAAGAGCGGCUUCAGCGCCAGCGCCUACAGCAGCUGGAGAAAGAACGGGAACGACUUUCAAUGGAAGUUGUGUCUUCCUCCAAACGCAAGAAGGACAUCCUGGAUGAAGAUGAUAUUGUCCGUUCGGCUACGCCUGCUAAACGGGAGAAGCCCUCCCCCGGUCCCUCCACUAUAGUGCCUCAUCCAAAGCCUGUGCCAACUGCCCAUGUAAUUUCAAAGGUCUCGAUCCCUGCGAAGAAGAAGGCUACCGAGGCACCCCCUAAGCCACACCGUGCUGAGAGCUCGUCUAGCAAGGGUAAGGAGAAGGAGGUCGCACCUGCGCCAACUCCUGCGAAGCCCAAGAAACCUCCUGUCGUACAAGCCACACCAAUCAACGACAAGAAAUGUCGGGAGAUACUGAAGACAUUGAAGAAGCUUCCCGAGGCUGCCAUCUUCCUUCGUCCUGUAGACCCCGUUCUGGAUGGAUGCCCGACUUACCUUCAAGAAAUUGCACAUCCAAUGGACUUCGGUACAAUGACGCAGAAGCUCAAUGAAUCGAAGUACACAACAAUGGAAGAUUUCCUCAAGGAUGUCGAGCUUGUAUUCAGUAACUGCCGGCAAUUCAACCCCCCACUGACGUAUCCCAUCGACUGCGUGGAAGUCGUGGAAAAGGUGUUCAAGAAGGAAUGGCAGAAGUCAUUGGACCGCAAGCUACCAUAUACUACAAAGCGAGGUAUACAAGCCGUCCUCAACACUCUUUCUAAAGACCCUUUAUGCUGGGUUUUCCUCGAACCAGUCGAUCCUGUUGCCCUUGGUAUUCCUACCUAUUUCGAGAUCAUUCCCCGUAAAGAUGCUCGUGAUAUCCGAACGAUAAGGGACAAGCUGGAAGCUGGGGAUUACGACACGGCGGAAGCAUUUGAAGCGGACGUGCACCUGAUGUUUGCUAAUGCUAUCAAGUUCAACGGAGCCGAGUCGGAGGUCGGGGUCAUUACUGCCAAGGCGCGUGCUAAAUUCAAGGAUUUGAUGGAUGGGUACAGGCAGGGGGCUUCGAAGAAGAGGAAAGAGGGAGACAAGACCAGCACUCAGCCUUCGAAGAAGGUCAAGAUGAUGUGA